UUGGAGGCGCGUUCACGUGGUCGCCACUGGCUACUGCUGCCCUGUCAGGGAGGAAAAAGCAUCACCAAAACACAAGCACACGGCUUCUUCCUGCCGAGACAUUUAAGCGAUCGCAAGGGAAUUUUAGACGUUCCAUUUUACGCAAACAAGAGUAGGCUGGGGACAGACUUUCAUCCAUCUGUGCCAAAGCCGUGGGGAAGGAGAGGGGAUCUAAGAGGCGGCUGUCCACUGAGGAGCAGGACAAUGGAGGGGAUGCAGGCAUACGGAGCAGGGAAAGCUGGAGGAGCCUUCGACCCUGUCACCUUCCUCCAGCAGCCUCCGACCGUCCUCCGCAUUGUGUCUUGGCUCUUCUCUAUCGUGAUAUUCGGCUGCAUUGCUAACGAGGGCUACAUCAACCGCCCCAGUGAAGUGGAGGAGUACUGCAUCUUCAAUCGCAACCAAAACGCCUGCAACUACGGUGUGUUCAUGGGCUCCAUGGCCUUCCUCUGUUGCGUGGCCUUCCUGGCCCUGGAUGUCUACUUCCCUCAGAUCAGCAGUGUCAAAGACCGGAAGAAGGCUGUGCUGGCUGACAUCGGCGUGUCAGCGUUCUGGUCCUUCAUGUGGUUUGUGGGUUUCUGUUUCCUGGCCAACCAGUGGCAGGUGACCAAGCAAGAGGACAACCCUCUGAGGGAGGGAGGUGAUGCCGCGCGGGCUGCUAUCACCUUUUCCUUCUUCUCCAUCUUCACCUGGGCGGGCCAGUCUUUCCUGGCUUUCCAGAGAUACAAGCUGGGGGCCGACUCGGCGCUGUUCUCCCAAGAAUACACAGAUCCCAGCCAGGAUGCGGCCGGGGCCCCCUACACGGCUUUUGGCGGCGACGACGUGGAGAGCCCGAGCGGAGGGGGGGGCCAGCCCAACAGCGACGCAGCGUUCGAUGGCACCGGAGGCUACCAGCGUCAAGACUACUGAGAUGUUUGCCGAUUCCGAUUUGCUUUGGGAGGGACGGAGUUGCCCAAAGAUUCUAGUUUGAAAUAAUAUUUGUUGUGUUUCCGUCACGCUGAAAAGCACUGAGUCAAAUUGACGCAGUCUGUGGUUGCCACUGGAUCAGCGCCGUGCAGUUCUCUGUUUUCAUCCUGUAUCUAGUUUUUUGUCCCUACGCUCAAAAAAAUGGCCUUCCAAACAAAAAAAAACGAUUUCAUUCUGAUUCAAAUAAUAACAGAUUAGACUUUAAUUAGUAUUGAAGCGGUUAGUGAAACAGCAAUCUCCAGACGCAGUUUUAGCUUACAGUGACAUGAAUGAGUUGAGAUUAUAUUUUGAAAAAAAUAAUGAGAAACAAGGAAACAAUAACUUAAAAAUUGCUUGAGAGGGCUGGAGGUUUAGGAGACUCUUUUUAUGUCCUAGAAGUUGGAAGAAUGGCCACAAUGCUCGUGACCACAUUACUUUCAUCCUCUGGGGUAUGUCCGUCAGCAUAUUACUGCAGUCAGUGUUUGCUAGAUGAGACCCACAUACAGAGAUUUCCAAUAUAUCGAUUUAAGCUGUUGAGUAUAGCAGCAUAUCACCAUGAACAACUCAACUCUGGCAACUCAACCCUUCAUCUGUUUUACAAAUGUGUUUUUCUAUGUGUGUAUUUUAAAAAAAGGUUUGUUUUUUUAUGUUUUUGCAAUGUGUGGAUUUGAAACAGUGUGUUUUCUUGUUUCUCUGUUUCUUCACUGUCUCCUCAAUUGUUGCCUUAGUGCUGACUGCCAAGCUAGCUCUGACAAACAGGAUGGCAUACAGUAUGCCCAACGUGCACCACAGUUGUUUUUUUUCACAGAUUUUUAUGGUAAAAGUAAACUGAUUGCAUUUGAUUUCGUUUUGUUUUUUGUUUGUCUUUGAACACAUGUAACCUCUGACCAUAGUCAAGCUUUUGUUGGCAGUUUGGUUUCCCAAACAGCAAAGACAUACAUUUCUGAUCAAUCAAUGAACAAAAAAGUUCCUGCAGGUAAAGAUUUGUCUGCUAUCUCCUCUGCUUUAUUUCAACAACUCUACAAAUGUGGCAACCAAGAACAUCCUGAGUAUUUAUGAACAUGCAUUGCUUCACUUUCUUAAAGAACAAAGUAUACUUAUCUCUAUAAAUAUUUGUAAAUCUAUAAUUCUGUAUAUCACAGUGUUUGAAGAAAGAGUGCUUUAUUUUAGGGCAUUAUGCUAGUUAUAAAAUGUAUAAAAAGAAAAGACAGAAGAGAGAAGCUCCAUGGUCUGUUAAGUGUUAAUGUGAUAAGAUAUAAGGUAUGAUGGAGCUGUCUGUGCCUCAUCCUUUCUGUUGCUGUCCAGGUAGAGAUGUUUUUAUUUUGGAAUAAAGAUAUCAGCUGUUAAAAGUUUUAAAAAUUACCAAAUUAUUUAAGUAUGUAUAUGCAUACAUAUAUAUACUUUACAUCUGUGUAUUUGUAGGAUUGUGCGUGUUCAUAUGUGAAAUCUGUUUUGAAAAAAAAGCAAAGAAAGACUUAAGAAAAAUAAUGUGUAGAAAUGUCUGUUUUUGAUGCUUUGAGUUCAACCUAUAAUAAUGAAUAAAGGUGUUGAUCAAGAUACGAAUGAUUGGCUAUAGAUUCAUGGCUUAGCUUUUCUUUGUUUUGUUUUGUCAUAAUUGCUAUAUUUUCCUUUACAUAUAUCAUAGUACAUUCUCUCCUAUAUAAUUUCCCUCUACCGGACAGAUUUAUACCAGUAUUUAUGUUUUAUUGUAUAUUUUUUGUUUAUAAUAGCCUGAUCAAAAUGAGCUUCCAGUACUUUUUUUUAUCAGCUAGUGACUUUGUGAGAGGAACUGUGUGCUUGUGAUUGAUGCUGGAUGGAGCUCUUUUUUUCACGUUAAAGGUUUGAGAUCAAAAAUAUUCUGGACUGCAUUGUGAGUGUUUUUUUGUUUUUGUUUU